CUGGGAGAGGUUGGCACACAGAUUUGUUCAUUACCAGCAAAAUGGCUUUUCAUUCCCUGCUGCUCCUCUGCCUUACUGGACUGCUGUUUGUGCCUGAGGCUGCAUCUGUGCCCCAUGGAGGUGAGGAUUCCAAGUGCCCUCUGAUGGUUAAAGUCCUCGAUGCAGUCCGAGGAAGGCCAGCAGUCAAUGUGGAUGUGAAAGUGUUCAAAAAAACUGAGGAGCAAACUUGGGAGCUCUUUGCAGCUGGGAAAACCAAUGACAAUGGAGAGAUCCAUGAGCUCACAACUGAUGACAAAUUUGUAGAGGGUUUAUACAAAGUGCAAUUUGACACCAUCUCCUACUGGAAAGCCCUGGGUGUUUCCCCAUUCCAUGAGUAUGCAGAUGUGGUGUUCACCGCCAAUGAUGCUGGUCAUCGCCAUUACACCAUUGCUGCCCAACUGAGUCCAUACUCUUUUUCAACCACAGCUGUAGUCAGCAAUCCAACAGAGUAAAUAAAUGUCAUUUUUCUCUGUGGCAAAUAGCUAUUAAUAGAGGUUUGACAGGGGAGAAAGGACCACCUUUUAUGGAGUUAAUAGUAUCACAUUUUUCCACAAAGCAGUAUUUUCGCUUUGUUAUUAACUUGGGCAAAGUCAAUAAACCAUUCUUGCUAAAGCA